AUGGCCGGUAACCAAUUUGACAGAGUUGCCGGAAUUCUUAGGAAGGCGACGUAUAGUAAUGAUACGAAAGAAAAACUUGAAUUCCUUCAUCAAGUUAAGGAAUUGAUAAUCAACUACGAUCGGUCUUUGCUUGAUAGCUUUUUUGAGGAAGUCGUUGCCUUUCAGCACUAUCCAAACAAUGACUUGAGGCGAUUUGUGAUCAAGUUUAUCGAGGAUGCAUGCAUAUCGGACGGAAGUCUAAUCGUAAAAUCUGUUGCAUGCUUGUCUCACUUAUUCAGUCUAUCACUUCACUCUGAUCCACCAUUUUCUGGUAUUAUACGAGCCAUUAUUGGAACAAUGAAAAUAAUAUACUGUCGUUCUCUAUCACGUGCUGUCAAGUGCGGUGUCAUUGAGUCAGGAGCCAUGACCGGCGGUGGUAUUAAGUCUGGUUCCUUAGCUGACACUUCCCUCGAAGCUUUUCGUGCCGUUGUUGUUUUCAAGGACGAAAUAAUCCGUUUGCUUCUUCCCUCCUCUGUACCGGUUUUGCCGGGCAGUUCUGUCACUGCACCUCCGCCCAACAUUCUAACACGGCUCUGUGCUAACCUCAACGAUGCUGCUCGCGUUGAUAUCAUUAAAUUCAUUGAGGCGAUAAUUGUACAACAAUCCAGACGAGCGCCAAACUCCGAAACUCUUUCUAACUCCGCAGAAUUCACUUUGGAUCAAAUUCCUGAUUUGCCCAAUAGUUUGCUAAAAAGCAUCAUAAAUGCGAGUACGGCAUCGUCCUCGGUCAGUCCACUACCGGGGAUCUGCCUCGUUCGCCCGCGACGCUUAUCGGAUGAGUCGGAACGCCUUCUCACCGGCCUGACGAAACUGCCUUUGAAGCAGGGGGACGACAACGCAUUUCGGUCUGUUGUCACCAGCUCGGUUUUUGAUGCUCUCAUUGAUAGUAUCGUCAGCAUUGCUUGUCAACGUCCUCAGUUCUGUAAUGAGGCUGUGCAGUCCUUGGAAACCAUUCAUGUAAACCUGCCUCCACAUUUCACUCAGGCGCAAGUCAGUUCGGCGCGAAGGAAGUUAAAAGCGGCACUUCUAUGUCUCCUUCAGCACUCUGCUGCCAACACAGGAUAUCAAAGUCGAAUCAUAAUUCUUCUCACCGACCUAGGUGCCACUCAACAGGAGAUUUCUGGUGUGCUUCCUAUCAAAUUGGCAACGCAUUCAACGGUGGUACCAUCCUCAGGAAAGCGUAGUUAUAUUGAUUCACUUUCCAAAAAGCAGUCUAUUCUCGGAAAUGAGGAGGAAGAUGAUGAGGAAGAGGAGAGAAAAGCGGUGAGGCUUAUCAAACGGCAUCGCAUGGAUUCCGGCUCUUCCUCUGUUGCUGCCUCCCCCUCAACUGCCUCAACCAAGGAAGCAAUUCCUAGCAUUGAGGAAAUCACUGCUCGUCUUGUACCAAAAUUGACCACCGCUAAUGUGGCGGAUUUAGUUCUUUUGAGCAUGGUCACCCUUCCAUCCCGUAUGCCCGCAGCGUUUGAUGCCACUUACACACCUAUUGCUGCGGCUGGAACUGCUACUCAAGUGCGUCAUUUGGCUCGCUUGUUGGCCGCUCAGCUUGUUGUCUGGGCGACCAGUGCAGUUGGUGAAGAAAGAGUGAAUCGCGAAAAUCGUGCUUUGCUGGGUCAAUUGAUGACAAAUACUGUCACUGAAAAGGGUGAAGAAGGUGGUGGCGGUGGAGUUGGUAGUACUGUUGGUGGUUGUGGUGACGAUGACGAAUCCGCUAACAGAAAGACUACUCCCAGGUUGAUCAAAAGGAGCAAUGAGAAGAUUGACGAGGACGACGAAGCUGCUUUCAUGAAAGAACAUGCAGCCAGAAUGCAUACUGCCACUAAGCCGAUGAACAUCAGCGUUGUGCGGGGUGCAGUCUCAACGGGAGAGGUGACCCUAUCGGCACCUAUGCCCUUCAAUCCGCCGCUGCCACCAGCUUCUCUUCUACCCCCCACUGGCAUAGUCCCGGCCCGACCCUUCUCUCUCGACGCCGUGGUGGCUCCGCUGUCUCUUCAGCUGCGUCAGAGCAUGGCAAGAGAUGCAUUCUCACGCAUCCUCGCCUUUGAAUGUGUCUCGCAUGGUCGUGGAGUUGCAGAGGAGUCCACCAGAACAGUAUCCAUGCACUCCGACUUAGCUCCUCGCGAGGCGGCAAGAGUCAAGCUCCUCUGUCGGCUACCUCCCAGCAGACGUCUCUCCUCAAAUUACCUUUACCCUCUUCUAAUCUCUCACGCAAUGGAAAAUCUAAAGGAGGGUUUCGAACUCUUGGCAAAUCUCUUGAUGCACGAAUACACCGCUUUUCGCGGCUUUCGGCUCGCUGGUGCGUUUGAAGAUGCUCUGACUAGCAGCAAAGUCGAGGUAGACGACGCAGAAGCCGGAUGCAGUGGCGAAGAUGACGAAGAUGGUGGUGCGGACGAAGCGCGACGACUUCUCUUGGAAUCGCAGCGACAGUUGAUGGCUUUGAGAGCCCGCGAAGGUGUGGAGGCAGUGAGAGAGACACAAGAGAUCCAGGUGGGAUGUGAUGCAGCUGAAGAAGAAGAGGAAGGGGACUGCGAUUCGAAGAUGAUGAUGGGGAUGACCACUGGAGGUUCCGUCUCCACUGCCUCAGGUAGAGGCGGCAUAUUCCAGGACUUUGGCUCCCUCACUGUAUACGACACCCUCUUCACAGAAAUCCUUACUCGUUUCGUGGAUUCCGGCGUAAAGUCUCCAUAUUUUGGUCGACUGUUGCUUGAGGCGCCGCUUCUGACUGUAAACGCAAUCAGAGUAUUGAAGCGCUAUUGCACACUUCCUGAACAGGCCACGUUCGGAUUUCAGGUCCUUCGUUCGCUUAUCGAAUUGAGACCUUCACAGAGGCGGGAGGAGUUGUUGGAUCUCCUCCUAGGGUUCGGUGCCUGCGAGGAUUCCACUGUUCGCAGAGCCGCCAUCAAAGCUACCUGCCAGUUGGCUGAUUCGCACCCACGAUGGGAGAAACUCGUUGAGGAUCGCGCAAUCGAGUACCUGAAGCACAUCCUCCAGCCUCAGCCUACGGCUGAAAUGUUUGUGGGUUUGUUGGCCAAACCACCACUCCUCACUUCUCAGUGGACCGACGAGACGUGCCAACUUUGUGCUCACCUAUUCCUUGGUCUCAUGCCUAGAAAUCCAGGAAAAUUGCUUCUAACUCUGGCGGAAAUCUAUGUUGCUGCUAGCGACAGCGUUCGUCGCUGCCUUCUUCGUCUCAUGGACACUUCGAUUUGUGAAAUCGGUCUUCACUCGCCACACCUUCUUCGUCUGCUUGAUAAUUGUCCUUCUGGAGCAGAGACUCUCGUUACACGCAUGAUCCACAUUCUCACUGAUCCAAGAACGGCCUUUGCCCAAGCAUCAGCACCGUCACCACCAUCCCCGCCGCCCUCCGCAGGUUCCAUUACAAAAACAUCUACGCGAUCAACAAGUCCUCACACCCACACCCCUGUUUCCCUCAACGUUCCCAUUAUGCCUCCACCUGCUUUGGUGGAACGCGUGCGUCGGCUAUAUCGGGAGCGGAUCCGCGAUGUUCGAUGCCUCAUUCCCGUUAUUGUAGGUCUUACCAAACAGGAGGUGAUCGCGGUGCUACCGCAGUUGGUGCAACUCAACGAAAAGGUCGUCAAGGAGGUCAUUAGUCGACUCCUCCACGCCAGUGUGGCCACUCAGCCGGCUCCUGAUCCACGUGCUCUGGAAAGUUCUUCGAAGUUGAUCUCGAAGGAACCUCCAGUUGUGGGACCAGUAACACCAGAAGAACUUCUGGUGGCAAUCCAUCUUCUUGAAUUCGUUAAAGACCCCAACGUCACCCCAGAGCAACCCUCUAAGAAGCCCUACGUGGAGAUACGGGUCAUACUUCAGGCCUGUUUACACUGCUUCGCCGAACGUGCGCUCUACACUCAGGAACGGUUGUCGGCGGCAAUCGGGCAACUGCUAGACCGCCCGGUGGUGCCAACGCUCUUUUUACGUACUGUCAUGCAAGCACUGGCUCUCUAUCCUCGCCUCACCGGCUAUGUCAUCAACGUCCUCUUUCGGCUCAUUCAAAAACAGGUGUGGAAGAGCGAGGUUCUGUGGGACGGUUUUAUUCGUUGUUGCGUGAAGACACAGCCACAAAGCUACCAAGUACUACUUCAAUUACCACCACAGCAGCUACAAUCCGUUUUUACGAGAGAACCGAACUUACGCACUCAAGUUCGUCGUUACGUGGAUAAUUUCUCUUCCGCUCAGCGCACGCACAUUUCCCGCGGUGUUUUUGAGGUGCUGGAAAGGGAGGUUUCCCCGCUGCAGUCUUCGUCCGCUGAGGCAGUGCAAAGUGCAACGGCUACAACGACUGUCAUGAAGCCGGCCCAAGAAGGGAUGGGCGAAGAUGAGAAAGUGGAAAACGCGCCCUCAUCUGGCUCGGCCACUCCUCUUCGGGACGAGGUCCUUCAGUCAAGAACUCCCAGUCCAGUUGCGGCUGAAGGGGCGGUGGAGAGGAAAGAGUUGGCUCAGGGAUCGCAACAGGAAGGAGCAGAAGAAAAGUCUGCGGAAGAGCAUACGACCACAUCUGUCAGAGCCUCGGGUGCGUUGCUUUGA